CCCUAGCGUUUCCUAGUCGAGGCGGACUGUUGAAAACCUCUCACAGCACCGUCAAUUUGCACAUGCUCGGUUGCUUUUAGGCUAACUUGCAGUAAGCGAUCGUUGAUAGUAAAAUAUAUUUAGCUUAUCUACAAACUGAAACUUAUUUGUUGAAACGUAUUUCCGUUUUAAUUCAACUACAGUAACUUUAAACGUUUCAAGCUUUUAUUUUACGGCGUGGUGUGGGUAAGCGUGGUUUUUGUUAGCCAGCUACUUAGGUUCUGUUGCUGGAUAUCUGAUGCUGGAGGACAUGUAAAUGGCCAUCAUCCAACCUCUUUAAAGUUGACCAUCCAACACACAGUAGCAAUGUCAUUUAUGUGUUUUAAUUUUAUAAACAUGGGAACUUUGGCACGUCAGUGUUCCAGGAUGUUCGUUGACCGUAGACUUUUGACUGUGGUGUCAGAGUGGGACAUGAGAGUGGGUUGUCACUUUGCACCCUACCAUUGCACUCGUUCUCUCCUCUGUCCUAACGACAACAGAGCUAAAUCAGCAGAGAGGAUGCGAUUCAGUGCCGUUACCAGCUCUGUUCUGCGACAGAAGCCCGGUAGGUCUGAAGGACGACAGUACCAAGGUCAGUCUGAGGACAUGCAGGAUGACCCAGAAACACCAGUCAACAGAGUUUGGGGGACAGGCACCCCGCAAUCACAAAAGAGGAAACCAAAUGCACAUAUCAACAGAUCAUAUGAUCCCCAGAGAGAGCCCCCAAUUGACUGGGAACGAAAGACCAACACAAGCAGCAGAGUAUCACCUGAACUCCGGAAACUUAGCUUUGAUGACUUUCCUGAGGAGCGUGAGAGGCUAGUAAAGGACUCCAAACAACGACUGUCCAAAGAAAAAGACAAGAAUUAUGAGACAUUGUUUGGCGUGUCUCCCUGUCUCCUGGCUCUCACCCAGGGUAGAAGGAAGUCACACCGGCUUUUUGUGAAGGAAGGGGAGGCCUCUCGCAGGGCCUCCAUACGGCAGGUUUGCGAGGAGGCUCGUCUACAGGGUGUGCAGAUCCAGAGGGUUAGUAAGAUGGACCUGAGUAAGAUGUGCUCCGGAGGGGUCCACCAGGGUCUGUGUCUGCAGGCCAGUCCAUUAGGUUAUCUAACAGAGGACAAGACCUUAAAGCCUCCCAAGGACAGCAGUCGAAUCCCCCUCUGGCUGGUUCUGGACAGAGUACAGGACCCAAUGAACCUUGGUGCUAUUCUUCGUUCUGCAUACUUUCUUGGUGUGGACCGAGUUGCCAGUAGUCUUCAGAACAGCUGUCCAUUGACACCAGUUGUGAGUAAGGCCAGCUCGGGUGUAAUGGAGAUCAUGGGUGUUUAUGGCUAUGACAGCCUCAUGGAUCUGAUGAAGGUAAAGGUGGCCCAAGGCUGGCAGGUUGUUGGUACAGUGGGUGCUGAAGCAGAGAAGCCUCAUGUUCCUGUCAUGCAAUGUUCUGAUUUCCAGAUGACCAAACCUACACUUCUACUCAUGGGUGGUGAAGGUGAUGGCUUGUCUCCGGAGCUACGUCUGCAGUGUGAGGCCCUGCUCACCAUCCCUCCACGCAGAGACCUGCACCCUGGUGUCGAGUCCCUCAAUGUUUCUGUGGCUACAGGCAUUCUGCUGCACUCCCUCCUAUCAUCAUGUGGUGGUGGCCGUCCAUGACCAACUAGGCAACACAACCCAGGGUGUUUAUGUUGGACCCCCUCCCAGGCCCUUUUCCCAGGGCUUAAUGGCUGAAUGUACUCCAACUAACCAUCAGGGUCUCUGAGAGAGGCCGUGCUGAUUGAUGGUAUUGGGACUUCUGGCCUGGCUGUUCAGUUUGCAGUGUUCUGGGUCUAAAUGCUGCCUGUAUGUCUGAAUUGUCAACUAUACGACGUAAUGAUAUUAAAUACAACCUUGUCUACCUG